CGUACAAACUUGCUACACAAGGUUCUUACGUUUGCUCUAAAUCUCAAGGUAUAUUUGACAAGUGUUGCAUGUACCUGAUAAGGUAAUAACGUUUUUGUUUUCGUCUACAUUCGAAACAUCUUCUUCACUGGUAAUUCUGUAGGAUCAAGAAAGCUUACUGGACGCUACUUCCAAAAACAUGGAGCCGCCGCAACAGAUUUUAAAAGCUCAAAAUUCUAAUACCAGCUCUCCACAAGGUAGUCAAAGUGUCACCACUGUAGAAAUGCCAAGCAAAACUAGUCAGCAUGGAAAGACAAAUACAACUGAACCAAAGAAAUCAAAGAAAAGGUGGUCACUGGAUAAUUUUGACAUUGGCCGGCCUCUUGGAAAAGGAAAGUUUGGAAAUGUCUACCUAGCAAGAGAAAAAAACAGCAAAUUCAUUGUUGCCCUUAAGGUUCUUUUCAAGUCCCAGCUACAGAAAAAUCAAGUGGAACACCAGCUGAGAAGAGAAAUAGAGAUUCAGUCUCAUCUUAGGCAUCCGCAUAUACUACGUCUGUAUGGCUACUUCUAUGAUGAGACUAGAGUCUACCUGAUCUUGGAAUAUGCGCCUCGUGGGGAGUUAUACAAGGAGCUUCAGAAAGCUGUCCGCUUUGAUGACAAGCGUUCUGCAACUUGGAUAGCCCAGCUGACAGAUGCACUGAUGUACUGUCACUCUAAGAAGGUGAUCCAUCGUGACAUCAAGCCAGAAAACUUGCUACUGGGUCUGACGGGAGAUCUGAAAAUUGCUGAUUUUGGCUGGUCUGUUCACGCCCCAUCAUCCAGAAGAACAACGUUGUGCGGAACACUGGAUUAUCUGCCCCCGGAGAUGAUUGAGGGGCGCGCGCAUGAUGACAAAGUAGACCUGUGGAGCCUGGGUAUUCUCUGCUAUGAGUUCCUGGUAGGCAAGCCCCCAUUUGAAGCCCAAGGUCAUUCUGAGACAUACCGACGCAUCACCAAAGUUGAUUUACGUUUCCCCUCACACGUAUCAGAUGGAGCCAAAGACCUAGUAUCCCAGCUACUGAGACACAACCCAUCCAUGAGGCUUCCACUUGGGGAUGUGCUGCAACAUCCCUGGAUUAAAGCAAACUCCACUGCCACCCUAUAUUACAGCACAAGCAAGGCCAGCACAGCAGAGGCACAAGCCAACAACCCUACCAAGUCAUAGCAGUCAUGAGUAGUUUUAACAUUAGCCCCAGUCCGUUGUUGAUAUGUGGCAUAGAUGUAGAUAGAGAGCAGCGUGAACAGACCCUGGGCACGUUGUCAAAAACAAAAUUACUCUUAACAUGAACUUUUUCUCGUAGACCGGACCUUCUUACCAGACCACUCAACUGUGGGUGAGAAAAGGUUAAUGUUAAUGCUAAUUUUGUUUCUGAUAAUGGGCCGCAGGUGUAAGUAUUCGUUACGUAGAUGUGUUGUUGGAAAUUUUCAUGUCCGUGAUUGAGUAAUUUUUUCUGUAUUUUCUAGCUCUACAAUAAAAUAGAUCAUACUGUGAAUAAUUCUGAUGCUUAUUGUAACCUGUAAAUUCGACUCGAGGGGAUAUUAAAUUUGAAACUGCAUGAAUUUCCCUAUCAUGUUUGCACUAAUAUGCAUAUUAUUAUAUAUGAAUUUAUAGGUCAGGUGUUUGUAGAUUUUGUAGUGGACUGAAACAUAUCAUUCAUGAUCCAGUGGGCAAAUCUAAAUUGUUCAAAGAAAAUGUAGGACUGCUGCCCAAAUAUCUUUUCAAAGAAGCGAAGUUGCAAAUUCUGAUCACCUCACAUCUUUAAUUCCAUUGGUAUAUUUUACUGUGUAGCAUAUUUGAUUAUUACUUUUCUAUGUAAUGUAUUGGUUUCCGUCAUCAUAUGUAUAUUAAAUAUCAGUUACUGUUCUCUGUUAACUAGUUAUUUAACCAUUAACGUUAGAUGCAUAUUCUUGUAAUCGAUUGAUGUUUCUUAUACUUGCACCGUUCACUUUAAUAAUUACAAGUACGUACCUUUUCACCUCAAAAUUCCCGCACCGGAGACCCCUUUUUCACAUAUUUCCCGUCCUUGCAUGAGCAUAGAUCCGACUUUUUUCGCACCGGAGAUCCCCUUUUCACAUAUUUCCCGUCCCGGAGCAUAGGUCCUACUUUUUUUCUGCACUGGAGACCUUUUUUUUCACAUUUCCCGUUCUGGAGACGGUCCCCUUUAUUUCCCGACUUUGCGCAUAUGACCUACGUUUUUCCGCACGUUCCGAUUGACAUUUUUGAUGUGCUGUUAGCACCGGAGCCCCCCAAUUUCAUAUCUCAGGUGGCACAUACCUACCCUAUUUUGUAGGGAGUGCCCCCCCCCCGGGAUUGUGACUAGAUAGCGGCCAAGGAUGUGGAGCCGUGGCGCACGUUGUUUUUUACAUGCCAGCACCUGGCGAUAGCAAGUGUGAUCGACUGAUCGUACUAAUAUUACAUGUGUUUUAAUUAUAUAUUUGAUUGUACUUUUAUCUACAAGUACAAGCUCUUGAUUAUACUACUGUGAAUUCUGUAUACUAAUUAAUCCAGUCCUGGUUAGACUGGAUAAUAAAUCCAUGAUUGUAAA